AUGGAUUCGUUUAUGGAUUUCUAUUUUGACGAAGUGUUUGUUAAUUUGGACCGGGAUUGUCUGAACGAGAGAUAUAAGAGGCGGGAACUAGUUCAGUACUUUAAUUCUGUGAUCACUGGAUGUGCUAAAGGCCAAAACAAAUCGGAUAAUACAACAUGCAAGAACUUCGUGAAUUCAGCAUUAAAAUACCACAAUAACUGUAAAUCAAAUAAUGGUGAUAUAUGUCUAAUGGGGAAAUACCACAAUCUUCUCUAUAUUGCCAUGAAACUAGCCUUUGAUUGGAGUCUCCAAGACAACGGUGUGGUAGCUGCAUUGCUUGAUGAAUUGUACGCUUGUGAACGAACUUUUGAGAGGAUCUUCUUAGGAGCUAUCUUCGGCACUUCAGCACCUUACUUCUUAGCUGGAUGGAAGUCAGACUUCGUAGACAGAGAAGAAAAUGUCCACGCCCUAGUCUUCUUUUUGGACCACGCCACAAACGCUAACCUGGAGUUCAGAGACGAAGACAAAUCCUAUCGAUUCAUAGACGUGCCCCUAGAAAGUUGUGGAAAAGCUUCUCCAGUACGUGUCGUGAUACAGAUGGGAGCUGCUGAAAUGCUGAUGAUCCUCCUAAGAUUUGGGGCAAGAAUCACAGCUGAUCACGUGUCAACGAAUCCAAUAGAAACAAUUCUAGAUAGAUUGAAUGAAUACAAACGACAGUACCCUUACGAACUGGUGACUUGUUUGAAGCUAUCAUUAAGAGCAGUUCCACAUCUUAACUUCACAGUGGAUAAGCUGGCGUUAAAGCACUUGGAAUUGCCAGACGAUUACAAUUAUCAAAAAAGAAUUGCUUUAGAGAAGUAUGGUGACAUAUUAAAGGACCAUCUAGUUCCCAGUUCCAGGUGUGGUUUGCGCCCAGUGGAGUUAAAGCAUCUGUGCAGAUGUCAAAUCAGACACAUGCUCUGGGUGAACUUUGAACUACCGUUUGGUAUACAGAAACUGCCUUUGCCUAUAUCGUUAAAGAAGUAUUUGGAUUUGUGUGAGGAUUAA